AUGUACGAAAAUAGAGAUCCUGCAAUUAGGCUCUUCGGCCAGAAGAUCCCCUUCCCUGAAGAUGUUGACAUAGAACAAGACGACGAGGGUGCUCAUGGAACAGAGCAAGAGAUAGAAGAGGAUAAAGACCAAGGAGACAAGAAAAGGGUACUUUGUACUGUGGAGUAUCGUAAGAAUGGUUCAAGUGGGAUUUUCAUUGAUCUUGCGUAUGUUCUUCGUGCUAUGAUUGAUGCUGUUGUUGAAGAUUUUACUGAGGAAGAGCGAGAAGCUGAUCCUCCUCCAAGUGCUGGGGAGACUAAAGAUUCGGGUACAUCCCCUGAGGCUAUUGUGAACCCCAAAACACCCUCCAUAGAAGAAGACACCGCAAAAUCAAAAGCUGACAAAUCAGAGAAGGAGCAAGGCGAUGCAGCCAAUUCAGAGGAGAAAACUCUGAAGAAACCUGAUAAAGUGCUACCGUGCCCCCGCUGCAAAAGUAUGGAUACUAAAUUUUGUUACUACAACAACUACAAUGUCAACCAGCCACGUUAUUUCUGCAAAGCUUGUCAAAGAUACUGGACUGCAGGUGGCACCAUGAGAAAUGUUCCCGUGGGGGCAGGACGGCGAAAGAACAAGAACUCUGCCUCGCAUUAUCGCCACAUCAGUAUCUCUGAGGCCCUUCAAGCUGCCAGAAUUGAUUCUCCUAAUGGAACUCAUCUUCCAACUUUGAAAGACAAUGGUAGAGUUCUGAGUUUUGGAUUAGAUGCACAUGCACCAAUUUGUGAUUCCAUGGCAUCUGUACUCAAUCUAGGAGAGAAAAAGGUUCCUAAUGGCACCAAAAAUGGGGUUCAUCCUGGCUUUGAGGAUCAAAGACUUCCUAUUCCUCGCAAAAGUGGGGAAAAUGGGGAUGACUCUUCAACUACAUCUUCCAUUACAGUUUCAAAUUCCAUGGGAGAAAUUAGCAAAAGCACCUUCCAACCACAACCGGUGCUCCAAAAUCAUGGUUUCCUUCCUCAACUUCCGUGUGUUCCUUGGCCCUAUACAUGGAAUUCUCCAGUUCCCCCACCUGCUUUGUGUCCUUCAGGAUUUCCCUUACCAUUCUAUCCUCCUCCUGCAUUAUGGAACUGUGGCAUGCCAGGGAAUUGGAAUGUUCCAUGGUUUUCGUCACUUUCAUCUGCUUCAAACCCAAACUCUCCGACUUUGGGGAAGCACUCGCGGGAUGGGGACAUGAUUAAGCAAGACUCUUUGCCCAAAGAAGAAGCUUCAAAGCCAAGAAACGGACGUGUUUUGGUUCCAAAAACGUUGAGAAUUGAUGAUCCAAGUGAAGCUGCAAAGAGUUCUAUAUGGGCAACUCUAGGUAUUAAGAAUGAGUCGGUGAGUGGGGGAGGUAUGUUUAAGGCCUUCCAAUCAAAGAAGAACGAAAAGAACCGUGUUGAAGCCUCUCCAGUCUUGAUGGCUAACCCUGCAGCUUUAUCUAGAUCCCUCAAUUUUCAUGAGAACUCAUGA